GAUGCAGAAUUAGACUAUUCAGAUAAGCACUUCUCUGGAAAACGUGUUCUCAGUUUAUCUCUGCGUAAUGCUCGUCGAGGUCAGCCGGCCGUUUCGUUGGAACCAUUGAAGGAUCAAAACCACAAUGUCAGUCUCUUGGCAAGGGACAUUGUUGAACUCGACAUGCCCCAGGACAAAGAAGCCGCGAUUAUUUUUGUUCUUGAAUACACAAUCGAGAACGGAGGCUCUUGGCCUAAGAAAAACGUAAGUCGGGCUGUUGUUUAA